GUCACGUGGGGAGGCGCGGGGUGGUUGACGGGAGCUGGCUGGGCUGAGGGCCGCGGGGCCGGCGCCCGCCGCGAGCCAUGGGGCUGCCGGCCGCGUAGGGGCCAUGCCGCCCGGGCCCCGGGCCUGCCCCGCUCCGCGCCGGGAUGGUGAACCUGGCGGCCAUGGUGUGGCGGCGGCUCCUGCGGAAGAGGUGGGUGCUCGCCCUGGUCUUCGGGCUCUCGCUUGUCUACUUCCUCACCAGCACCUUCAAGCAGGAGGAGAGGGCAGUGAGAGAUCGGAAUCUCCUCCAGGUUCAAGACCACGAUCAGCCCAUCCCAUGGAAAGUGCAGUUUAACUUGGGCAACAGCAGUCGGCCCAGCAACCAGUGCCGGAACUCCAUUCAAGGGAAGCACCUCAUCACGGAUGAACUUGGUUACGUUUGUGAGAGGAAAGAUUUGCUGGUCAAUGGCUGCUGUAACGUCAACGUCCCUGGCACAAAGCAGUACUGCUGUGAUGGCUGCUUGUCCAAUGGCUGCUGCAGCGCCUAUGAGUACUGUGUCUCCUGCUGCCUGCAGCCCAACAAGCAACUUCUCCUGGAGCGCUUCCUCAACCGGGCAGCUGUGGCAUUCCAGAACCUCUUCAUGGCAGUCGAAGAUCACUUUGAAUUGUGUUUGGCUAAAUGCAGGACCUCAUCCCAGGGUUCUGUUCUUGUUUCCUCUGCCCCUGUUGAAAUGACUGGUCUGCUCAGCCGUGGGACAGUGGGAGCCUCAGGAAAGUCAUCUGCUGGGCGGCCUCCUCCUCUUCUGUCAUGGAAACCCCAUCUUAAGGCGAUUCCUCAGUGGAGAUACAUCUCGCAACUGACUAUGAAGAAAUGGAGUGAAGUGACUUCCCUGGGCCCCAUGACGGAACCAAAACAGAACCUUCAUCUCCGGCACCGGGUCCACUGUCCUUCUCACCACCCCUCGCCAGCUCCAACACUGACUCAUCUGUAAACACUCCUCUGAGAGCAUAUAGAUCUCGGUUGUCCAGGCCAGCAGAGGGGAGAGGUGGUAUAAGUAGCCAAAUUGGGUCAGUAAUCCAAAGGUCAUUUUCAUUCAGCCCUAGAGUAUGUUUUUCUGUACUCCUAAGAGGCACGUUCGCUGUUUUGGAAAGUCAUGGUACUGCAGACUCUGUAACGAAGCCACCCAAGGACGUGGAACGUCAUGGGCCUCCCCAGGCUUCUAGCCUGGACCCCUCCCUGCUCCCCUCUCUGGUUUGUUUCUGGCUCCUUCGACUGAAGAUUUCCAGAAUUAGGGACCUUGUCGUAGUUUUGUAUGCCCAGAGCUUAGCAAAGUGCAUGAUACACAUCGGAUUUUAAGAAAAGAUCAGAGAAGGAAUGAAAACACCUUUAGUUUAGAAGAAAAUUUUUUAAAUUGUUAUGUUUGGGGUGAAAGGUAGUUGGGUAAUUCAAAGCAUUUCCCUCAGUUCUGAAUCUUAAUUGCCAUGCUCGUUGCUGGAGCAAUAAAGAUAAGAUAUGUUCUAACAGGGAAAGAAGCAUUCUGUAGAAAAAGGCGCUGCCUCCACAGGGCCUGGGACUUGGGGUGGCCCUGGACCUGGCGACGCUGGGGCUGGCAUCGGAGGGCGAGCUCAGCAGCUCUUGGAAAAGCGGGGGAUAGGAUUUUAGAGCAGGGUUUGCAGUUUUUGGCCUGCUCCCGGAGCUGACUUGGAGGCUGUCCAGGGAGUGCCUCAGUUGGUGAGGCUGCAAAGGCGCUGUGGGAGCUGUGUGCAAGGUUCCGAGCAAGCUGUUCCCAUCGUUGGGAUUUGCAGGUAGAUUGUAAAUGAACGGAGAUGUUGCUUAUUUAGUCUACUCUUUUUUUUUUUUUUUUUUUAAUGGUUAUUGGAGUAUAGUUACUUUACUCUGUUGUGUUAAUUUCUACUGUUAUUUAGUCUACUCUUCACAGGCUGGAGAGAAUUCGGCCUCGCAGUCAGUAACUCCUACUUAUUAAGGCAUGGCCUUGGGUAGUCGUUCCUCUUCUGAGUCCCAGGCCCUGCUCUGUGAUAUGGGAUCGCAUCUGCUCCUCAUGGGGUUGUUGUGAGGUGUUGGAGUGAGUAAAGGCCCAGUGCUGGGCAUGAAGUCCACAUCUGCAGUCCAGUGGGGGUCUGACAUCACGUAGUUGGCAAGGUGGGGAUGGGUGGGCCCCUUGGGUGGAAGGGUGGCAACUACAGAGUUCUAGGUAUUAUUUUUACAACUAUUUUUAGAAGAACUCAUGCUAAAGAUAAUUUUUAAAAUGCAGGUAAUUCAGAAAUGUGUCAAGAUGAAAGUAAUAAUGACCUAAAAUCAUGCAACCUAGAGAUCAGCCCAUUUUUUUUCUCUUCCCUCAUGACUUUCUAGGCAGAUAUGAGAAUACUUUUUCUUCUUGAAAGCAAUCCUCUGAUGGACAUCCUUCUAUGUGACAUAUAGGCCUAUCUAAUAAAUUUUAGUGACCACCUGGUGUCGGUUUCGUAGGUAUACCGUAAUGUUAUUAAUCCCUGCUGAGGUCAUUUAGCUUAUUACUGUUUUUUUUUUUUUUCCUUUUUUGGCUGCUACAAAUAAUGCACUGAUGAUAUGCUUUCACAUACACCUCCACAGGGUUUGUAUGUUUAUUUGAGAAUGAUUUUCACCAAUUUAUACUCCCACCUAAACUAUGUGGGGAGUGGGACUUCCCCGGUGGUCCAGUGGUAAAGGAUCCGCCUUACA